AUAUGGACCGGCAAUUGUCUACAGUGCAUAGAAAACGGUGUUCAGAAGAGGUACAAUAGAAAAACAGACUUUUAUAGUAGACCUUAUAGAUAUGGACUGGCAAUGCCAAGCGAAACCGUGUCCAUAUUUCUCUUUCUAGAAUCCGGAAAUACGUUUCACGCAUGCUUACACAUAUUAUAUAUUGGAAUCCAAUGAUUGGAUACGUUCUGGUCAUGGGUCUAGUCACGUGUUUUAACAUAUAUAUAUGUGUAUAUAAUAUAUAGCUGUAAUCAUAGUAUCGGUAUUUUGGGAGGUUAUCGAGAUAAAAUUUAGAAAAGUUAUCAUUAUUUUAUAUUAUUUAUAAAAUAAAAAAAUUAUAAUGGUUCGAAAAUGUGUUAUUUGUGGUUUAACCGAUUCGGCAAAAAAUAAUGUUUCGUUUCAUUCAUUUCCAACCAACGAAAUAUACAAAAAGAAAUGGCUAGAUAGGUGUAAUAUAACACAAGAGAAGAAGCAAGAUAAAAUUUGUUCAUGUCAUUUUAAUGAUUCUUCUUUUACUACAUGGAUUGGUCGCAAAAGUUUAAAAAAAGAUGCAAUUCCAGAAUUAUUUCUGGAUAAAGGAAAUAAAUAUUUAAAAAGAAUACGAAAACAUUCCUUGUCCUCUUCUAGUGUUCAAUCUAAUUUACUAUUUCCAUUAACUUUAUAUGUAAACAAUAUAAUAGAGGUUCAGGAUGAAGUUCAAGAUGAGAUUCGAGAACAAAUAAAAUCUGGAACGCAAAAUUUAUCAUCUACGACAACCUCAAUUACAACAGAUAUAUCAACCUGUAUCACACCUGUCUUAAAUGAAAGUACAAGUGAAAAUGAACAAGCUAAGAAUAUAGUAUUGCCAUUAAGAAAGUCGAUUUCUGUAACUAACAAGAUUUCGUGUCCUGCAAGACUAGGCGAUUGUACAGAGGAAUAUUUUUCUACUCCACGCCGUGCAAAAAAAUGUUUUGAUUUAGCAGUAAGAAAAUUAUUUGAACACAAAAAACGUUUGGAUGCUUCCCGAAAACAAAUUACAAGAUUAAAAUCAAAAAUAUUGUUAAUGGAAGCUUUAAUACAGAACUUACAAGAUAAACAAUUAAUAUCAGAAAAUGCAGCCCAGAUCUUAUUGGUACAUAUAUCAUGUAUAUUUAAUACGAAAAAUUUUAUCGAUAAGUAGUAAUUAGUUUAAGAUAUGCAUAUUAAUUUUACUAAUAAUUGUGUAAAUAAAUUUUAAUAUUAUUUUAUGUAAUAUGUAAAUUUACAAACAUUUUUUUAUCUAUAUUAAAUAAUAAAAUUAAAUUAAAUCGCUG